AUGCCGAUUCGAACACCGCAAUGAACGAAUGGAAAUAUUUCAUUAUAUUAGGUUUCAGCAUACCACUGGGCCUCGGCAGGGAGCCAUUUAAACCAAGCGACGGAUCAUUGCCUUUUUUAGUGUACUUCAGCUCCCGGUACCGCGGGCUGUGUGUCGGCACGCUCGUGUCUCGCACGGCGGUCAUCACGGCCGCCGUGUGCAUCACCGACGCGACCCAUCGCGCCCCCGACACCCGUCCGAUCAACGUGGUCACCGGCGCCACCUACAGACACCCGCGUCGCGGCAUACGCGUCCAGGUCAACAAGAUCCUUAUACCCAAACUAAGUAACGCAACAGGCGAGAGGGCGUACAUGAUACAAAAGUCACCGGCCAUCUUGCUGCUAGCUAGGAAGGUUCCAGACGUUCUAGCGGAGAUACCCCAGAGACCCAUAGAGGUCGACUACAAAGGGGAGGAGGUACUGUCUCUACACGAGGAGUGCUUGAUGGCAGGAUGGCAUUUCUUUUACAAAGGGGACAAAAUCUACCCUGUCCACAAGUUUCUGCUGCAGCGCAACAUCCGGGUACAGUACCUCAUAAUAGUGAAGAAAAGCCUGUGGUGCAACACCAUCUCGCUCAAGUUCCAGAAGGCAAUGAGCAACCUCGGCUACAAUGGACAAUUUGACAGUGCAGUCUCUCUAUGUGUUAGAGAUCCCAGUCGAGAAGCUCAACCGUGUCAUGGUAUGUACGGAGCGCCGCUGAUAUGCCGGGGCAAGGCGGUCGCGAUGCUGAUGUCCCCGGACGCGCAGUGGUCAAACUGCACCGGACACUCCAACCUGGUGCAGGUCUUCAGUUCCAGCCACAUACGCACUUUUAUGCAGUGCGUUAGCAGUUUGUUCGAGCCCGAAUUCGAUACCAACUGGGAGGUUCUGAAGAAAAACCUGGAGAAUGGGAACGACGACCAUCAGUUCGACUACUUACCGGAUUUGUACGACAGGAUGUUGUACGGCGAGAGCAGCUCCGAAGAAGUGUAGCGCAGUCAUUGAUGUCAAUAUAGCUAUUUAUGCAACUGUGUUGAAGCUUUUUUAAAGUUUUACUUCUUU